ACCUCAUAACAAAAUCUCUCACCACUUCUCUCUCUCUCUAAAAGACAUUAAUUCCCAAACCUAAACAAACCUUUUGUUUGGAACAGCAUAUGUCUCAGAGACCUCAAGUUCCUCAUUCUUCCUCAAUUGCUUUCUGUCUCCAUUCUCAUCUCCUAAUCUCCAGUGAGAUUAGCUCUAAUUCCAACUGGUGAAAAAUCAAAAAAUCUAACCUCUUUAUUUCUCUCUCUCUAAAAAUCAAUCCUUUUUAGCUCUCUCUCUCUCGUCAGAUUUUCCCGGAAAGCAAAGAUCUUUCUGAUUUUUAGAUUUCCGAUUUCAAAAAAGAAAAAAAUGGGUCUCAAGGGUUUCGCCGAAGGAGGAAUCGCAUCAAUCGUAGCGGGUUGUUCGACCCACCCGCUCGAUCUAAUCAAGGUCCGAAUGCAACUCCAAGGCGAAUCAGCUUCAAUUCAGACAAAUCUCCGACCUGCGCUUGCUUUCCAGACUUCCUCCGCCGUCCACGCGCCUCCACCACCACCGCGCGUGGGUAUAAUCGGCGUCGGAUCUCGUAUCAUCCAAAAAGAAGGCAUGCGUGCUCUGUUCUCCGGCGUCUCCGCCACCGUUCUCCGUCAAACUCUGUAUUCAACGACUCGCAUGGGUUUAUACGACAUUCUCAAGACCAGAUGGACCGACCCGGAAACAAAGACGAUACCUUUAUCCAAAAAACUCGCCGCCGGAUUCAUCGCCGGAGGAAUCGGAGCCGCCGUGGGAAACCCUGCAGAUGUAGCGAUGGUGAGAAUGCAAGCCGACGGUCGUCUACCGAUUGUCGAUCGGAGAAACUACAAAAGCGUUUUGGACGCGAUCGCGCAGAUGGUUCGCGGCGAAGGCGUUACGUCUCUGUGGAGAGGAUCGUCGAUGACGAUAAACAGAGCAAUGCUCGUGACGGCGUCGCAGUUGGCGACUUACGAUUCGGUGAAAGAGACGAUUUUGGAGAAAGGGUUGAUGAAGGAUGGGCUUGUGACUCACGUGGCGUCGAGUUUCGCGGCGGGGUUUGUGGCGUCGGUGGCGUCGAAUCCGGUGGAUGUGAUUAAGACGAGAGUGAUGAAUAUGAAGGUGGAGGCGGGUAAAACGCCGCCGUAUAAAGGAGCUUUGGAUUGUGCGUUGAAGACGGUGAAAGCUGAAGGAGUCUUUGCUUUAUACAAAGGGUUUGUGCCUACGGUUACGAGACAAGCUCCGUUCACGGUGAUUUUGUUUGUCACUCUUGAACAAGUUAAAAAGGUCUUUAAAGACUUUGACUUUUGAGAAAAGAUGAUGGUGGCGAUAAUUGGCUUAAACAAAAUAAGUUUGUUCUAUUUUCUUUUGAUUAAUCGAGUAGUUUAACUCUAAAAGUUUUUAUUUUGUUUUUCAUUUAUUGAAUAGAUCGAUCAUAUGAAAUUGGGUGUCAUGAGAAGAAAGAUGAGAACAGUUUGUUUUGAUUCGAUUUGCAAGGGAGGGAUAUUUACUCAAUCAAAUAUUUGGUAGAAUCAUUUAUGUUAGUUUUGAACUAUGUCAUAAUUCUUUUCUUUUCUUUUUCAUAAAAUCUUUUACUCCAAUCAAAGAUGAAUCUUUGUGAA